AUGGCAACAAACCUGGUUUUGACUCCGGACUUCGGCCCUGAUAAAAUCAGCCGCUUUAAGUUGGUGUCCUGGUUCAACCGCCUGCUCAAGACGAACUUCAAUGAUGUGCGAGAGAUGGGUUCAGGAGCGUGUCAGUGUCAGAUGAUGGACUGGGUUAUUCGUGGCUCUGUUGACAUGACCAAGGUGAAGUUUGAUGCAAAGGGUGAGGAUGAAUAUAAGCACAACUUCACUCUGCUCCAGGAGGCCUUCAGCAAGAGGGGUAUCAGCAAGAACAUUCCAGUUGAGAGUCUCGGAAAAGGGGAUCAUAAAAGCAACAUUAAGAUCUUGAAGUGGUUCAAAGCUUUUUACAUAGCAAAUGUAAAGGACUGUAAAGGAUACGACCCUGUGCAAGCCCGGGACGGCCAGGACAUCAGCCCAGUUGUUGCACCUCCACCCUCGGCAGGUGUUGAAUUGGAAUCAGACAAAGAAGAGAAAGGCAUUAAAAGAUACCCAUACACAGAAAAGUGGAAGAAUAUGUUUGACUGGGCUGAAAAGAGCACUCUUGGAGAGCAAUACACAUACUGCAUCACUUGUGCUAAAAACCUCAAAACCUUUGCUAAAGGCCAUGUUGAACUUCAGCGUCACAUGGACACUAACAUUCACUACAAACGGGGAAGAGUUUCCAAGGGUCCCUGCCUGCAACGCCAACACUCUGAGCCGCCGCUGCCCUGCACUGAUGCAGCGAUCCGCUUUAUUCAGAGACACUGUUAUAAUGGCUCUGCCAAAGGGGAACAGGUGUCUAUACGCUUUGCACGCCGCAAGCUGGGGCGUCAGUACCCCAAAGAUAUUACAUCUGUUUGCCAGCACACUCCUUACUGUGUGUACAUUUCCGGAGGGGAAACCGUAGGAAAGGAUGAGGCUGUCUCGGUGGUCCUCGUUGGAUUCUUUGACGUAGAAGCCUCCAGGCACUGCAUCCGGUUUCUGGAUGCUCUUGAGUCAGAGAACUAUGCAGAAGAUCAAACAGCCGUAUUAGUGGGGGAGACCUUAAAGAAAUUCGGGUUACCAGCAGAUAACCUUGUCGCUGUCUACCUCGAUGGUUAUGGUGCGGCCUCAGAGCAGAUCUGCUCACAGCUGAAGGAACUCAACCCGAACAUAGCAGUCUUUGGAGGGCUGUACACCAUCAGUGAUGCUGCUUGCCAGGCUGGAGUUAAGCAGCUCUCCAAUCAGGCUCAGGAGCUGACAGUGGACAUGUAUGCCCACUACUCCUCCUCUUUUGAGAAGAAUGAUAACCUCAAGGCUCUCUUUGGCUCUAUCACUGUGGACAGUCCAUCUUAUUUCAACGCCCGCUGCCUUAACUUUUGCCUUUUAGUCACAAAAAUGUUGGAAAUAUGGACAGAUCUUGUAUCGUACUUUGGCUCUUGCGACGCGAAUGAUGACAAAGCCAAGUUAAUCUGCUCCCGGCUGCAGGAUCCCAAAGUUAGGGCAACGUUUACAUUUCUGGAGCGGGCCUUAAAGCCGCUGCACAAUUUCCAAAUGCAUCUGCAGACGCCGGAAGGAGCGGCUCAAGCUGAUUUGCAGCUCAUUCUAGAAGAAGCCAGUAACCUGCUGAGCACCUACACCUGUUACUUCCUUCGUCCUCAAGCUGCUGCUCGCUUCCUCGAGGAACAUGAUACCCAAAUCCUCAAGGACAAGUCAUCCCACCUGUCAAGCCCCGAACUGGGUGGGAAAGCCGUUGAAGAUAUCCUAAAUGAGUCUUCAGAGGCACUGCCACCGUUUAGAGAGGAGGUGUUGUCUUUCUACAUCGCACUGACAAGUUGCAUUGCAGAGAAACUGCCUCUAAAGGAUGGGUUGCUAAGGAGCAUAGCUCAGCUGUUGAAUCCCCAGAGCAGGCAGAAAGUGACACAGACAGCAGUUGGGGAGCUUGGGACCAAGCUGGGACUCUGCAGCUCCCCCGAGGAGGUCAACCAGCUCACGAGUGAAUUCCUUCAGUAUCAGCUGGCCGAGGAGGGAGAGGAGAAUCACUCAGCAGAGGUUUCACGGGAGAAACACUGGGCCAGCGUACUGAGGGACAGCAAGCAGACAGUGUUCAGGAGGCUUGUUCUGACCCUAUUGGCCCUUCCCUGUCCACCACUGGAUGCUCAGCACGUUUUUAAUCAGGCCUUCGAGAAUGGAGACGCUGCUCAUCUCUCCGACAGCGAAGCAGAACGCGAGUCUGAGUACAAAUACAGUAAAGAAGUGAAUGGCCAUAGUAUCGGAGUGAAGCAGUGUGAAGUCAGGCUUACAAAGAUAAACAAGCUAAAGAAAAAAUGUGAGGAUUCAUCUGGAGAGAAUGGCAUCUUUAAAGAGAUGAAGGAGGCCAGUAGGGGAAGUUUUGGCUGGGAGAGCAGCUUGCGCCAGAAGCCACAGGCCCGUGCAGUGUUUCAGGCUGGUGCUAGCACCCGGGCCAAACCCGUAGGUCUUGAUAAGGACAGCAAAAAUGGUCUGGAGUCCCAAGAUGAGGUGUCACAAGAGUCUUCACCAUCAAGUAAAUUUACACCAAGAAGCCGCAGGAAGCACGUCUACCAGGAUGGGAAAGGGUUUCUGACAGGAGAGCUGGUGUGGGGGAAAGUGAAGGGGUUCUCCUGGUGGCCUGGGCUGGUAACAUCCUGGAAAACCAAGUCCGCCCCCCCGGGCAUGCGGCGGGUGGAGUGGUUUGGAGAUGGGAUGUUCUCAGAGAUCUACACCGAGGGUCUACUGGCAUUCAGUACUUUCACUAAGUGCUUCUGUAAAAACUCCUUCGACUGCUUGCCCCUCUACAAAGAAGCCAUCUACCAAAUCAUAGAGUUGGCAGGUGAGCGAUGUGGGAAAUCCUUUGCUGCGGCUGAAGGAGUCAAAGAAAAAGAGUUGAAGUUGAUGCUGGACUGGGCUUCUGAAGGAUUUCUGCCUUCAGGACCAAACGGACUCCUACCUCCUGAUUCUGCUUCACAUGCUGAGACUUCUGACUCGGCCCAGUCCGACUACCAGCCCCCGGCAAAAAGGAAAUACGUGUAUAAAAACAAGGCAACUGCAGUCGCCAUCACCUAUAGCAGAGAAUCAAUACCAGAGAAGCUCAAAGAAGAAGGAGUAACCAUCGAAGAUCUGUGUUUGUCUUGUGGAUCAUCUGAAAUUGAAGUUUCUCACCCACUGUUUGAAGGUGCUCUUUGUCAAAAAUGCAAGAUGAACUUCUCAGAGACGCUGUAUCGCUACGAUGAGGAUGGCUACCAGUCGUACUGCACCGUGUGCUGUGCUGGGCUAGAGGUCAUUCUGUGUGGGAUUGCCAGCUGCUGCAGGUGUUUCUGUAAGGACUGUCUGGAAAUCCUGGUGGGCCCGGGAACCUUUGACCAGCUGAAAGAUGAGGAUCCCUGGAGCUGCUACAUGUGCAAGCCGUCGCAGUGCGCGGGGAACCUCCAACUCAGGCCAGACUGGAGCGUGAAGGUUCAAGACUUCUUUGCCAACAACAGCGCUAUGGAGUUUGAGCCUCACAGAUUGUAUCCCUCCAUCCUUGCCGACCAGCGCAGACCAAUCAAGGUGCUCUCACUGUUUGACGGCAUAGCAACAGGAUACCUGGUGCUGAAAGACCUGGGCGUCAAGAUGGAUCGCUACGUUGCUGCUGAGAUUUGUGAGGAUUCCAUCGCUGUGGGGAUGAUCAAGCAUAAGGGAAAGAUCGAAUAUGUCAAUGACGUUCGCACCAUCACAAGGAAACAUCUGGCGGAGUGGGGUCCAUUCGAUCUUCUGAUUGGAGGCAGUCCAUGUAACGACCUGUCAAUGGUCAACCCGCUUCGAAAAGGUUUGUUUGAGGGCACUGGGCGGCUCUUCUUUGAGUUUUACCGCAUUCUGGCCAUGUUGAAGCCGAAAGAAGGAGACGACCGUCCGUUCUUCUGGUUGUUUGAGAACGUGGUUUUCAUGAGUGCCCACGACAAAGCAGACAUUUGCAGAUUCCUCGAGUGUAAUCCUAUUCUCGUCGAUGCAGUGAAAGUCAGUCCCGCUCACAGAGCACGCUACUUCUGGGGGAACCUCCCUGGCAUGAACAGGCCUCUCGCAACAUCACUAGACGACAAAGUGUCCCUCCAGGAUUGUUUGGAACUCGGACGCACGGCAAAGUUUGACAAAGUUCGCACCAUCACUACAAAGUCUAACUCCAUAAGGCAGGGGAAGCAUGGACCGCUUCCUGUCGACAUGAAUGGAAGAGAGGACUACCUGUGGUGCACUGAAAUGGAACAGAUCUUUGGAUUCCCCAAACAUUACACGGAUGUGAACAACAUGGGCCGGGGACAGAGGCAGAGAGUCCUGGGUCGCUCCUGGAGUGUCCCCGUCAUCCGCCACCUGUUCGCUCCACUGAAGGAUUAUUUUGAAUGUGAAUAACAACCUCUGAAGGGCAUCUUCAUGUCAGAGCAGCAGCGGUAAACCUUACUGCCUUAU